AUGCUUCCACAGCUGGUUCUCGUCACACUGCUGGGGCUCACAUGGACAACAGUAACUGGACUGCCCUGCACUGAGAUGUUUCCUUCUCAGCCACCUCCUUCAACUGUUCACAGUGUGAGGCCCUCAGAUGUGGCUGUGCUAUCCUCUAUUGGACUUCACAUGCACAGCACUGAGCUGUCCAAAGUGGUAUCAAGACUCAGAGAGCUGAUGACCCUGUUCAACCCUGCACUCGUCAGUCCUCAGUCAGAUGAAUCAAACUUGUACGCCCCUCACUUUGUUCAACAAAGCACACUGGUGGAGCAGGCAAAGGAAGUCUCCCGCUAUCUUCAGAACAAUCAGGUCACUGAUGUGGAUAGAGACUGGAAGCUGGUGCUUCUCUUUGUUCAGGUGGAUCGGCUCUGUGGAUGCAAGGAGCAGCAGGUUCAUUCUGUUAUCCAGGCAGUGGUUGAAGAGGUGGAUGAUGCUCUGCAGUUGCUGCACUCUCAGCUAAAGCGGGCCAUUGUCAGUGUUGCAUUGUGGGACGGAGAGCACGAUGCUUUCCAGCACAAGACGUGCCCAUGCAUGGAAACAAACAGGGACGGAGAAGUCAGACUUUUGAGGGCCACGCUGACUCAGUCUCUGCAGGAGUCCUUGGAUGAGCUCAUGGUAAAGAAACACUGGUACGGUGACAGGGACGACUUCACUGUCACUCUGCAGGACGAACCUUUCAUCACAGACCUGUCAUCUGUCGCUAAUGGGAAGCCUCUCUCUGAGUCAGAAGCCACGCAGCAAACUGAUGAAAUAAUUGUGCAGAUGUGGAAAAACCUGCUACAGCCCACAGUUGGCCAAGAAAACACAGAGGACAAUGGAAAGAUCAUUGCAUUGCCGUGUCCAACAGAGGGCCGACCCUUCUUGAGGACAGAGGGAAACUCGCCAUCAUAUCACCACAGUGAUGUUUCUCCUCUCCUUCACCCAUUUACAGGAACAGAGAUGCCCUGUGAGGACUUCAGCCCCUCAGACUCCGUACCCACCUCAGUCCAUGAACUCAGACCUGCAGAUAUCAAAGUCGUGGCUGCUGUGGGAGACUCUCUAACAGCAGGGAACGGUAUUGCAUCCAGCCAAAACAACAUCCUGGACGUCCUGCGUCAGUACAGAGGUUUAUCCUGGAGGUGAGUUCAAUACAACACAACCAUCACAAAACAUUGCUGAAUACUGCUGAUAUUGAACCUCUUGCAAAAGUAAUUUAAACAUGUUAUUUUCCCCAGUAUUGGUGGAGAUGAAAACCUCACCACUGUCACCACUCUGCCCAACAUCUUGAAGCAUUUUAAUCACAACCUGACGGGCUACUCUGUUGGUACGGGCAAACAACACACUCCUGAGGCUUUCCUCAACCAGGCUGUAGCAGGAGCCAAAAGCAAGGACUUACCAUCACAGGUGCGAGCCCUGGUGGAAAGGAUGAAGAGCGACUCUAGAAUCAAUUUUGAAUCAGACUGGAAGGUGAUCACUCUUUUCAUUGGAGGGAAUGACAUCUGUGACCACUGCUACAACUCUCUCUUCUAUUCUGUAGAGAAUUAUAUUCGUAAUGUUCGUGAAAGCCUGGAUUAUCUACACAAAGAGGUGCCUCGAGCUCUGGUAAACUUAAUAGAGCCUCUCCAUAUUACUCCCCUGAGACAAAUGCACAUAGAUGCUUCAUUGAAAUGCCCAACCUGGCUGGUGAAUAUUCUGUGUCCUUGCGUUAUCUUGCCAAAGGCCAACUCUAAAGCUCUUCAAAUGGUGGAGGACAUCAACAGAGGUUAUCAGCGUUUACUGCAUGAGCUUGUGGAGUCAGGCCAGUAUGACAAACGCUCAGACUUCACCGUGGUCAUACAGCCUUUCUUCAGAGAAGUCGUUGUCCCCACACUGCCGGAUGGCCGCCCUGAUCGCUCCUUCUUCAGUGCUGACUGCUUCCAUCUCAGCCAGAAGGCCCAGACGCUGAUGGCUCGCUCCCUCUGGAACAACAUGCUGGAACCUCUGGGCAAGAAGACGUCACAACAGAAUUUUACUGCAGACAUUGACCUGAAAUGUCCUACCAAGACUUCGCCAUAUAUUCGCACCUAUAACAACAGCAACUACAUAUAUACUGAUCCCUCCCCAGCACCUGGACCUAUUACAAACUGGGGAAGUGACUUCUCCUGUGUGGACCUUGUUCCAUCUGACACUGUGCCAAUGUCAGUUCACAAGCUGAGACCAGCAGACAUCAUGGUUGUGGCAGCACUGGGAGACUCUUCAACGGCAGGAACUGGUGCCAAAGCAAAGAAUGUGUUUGACCUCAAUAAAGAAUAUAAAGGAGUGUCGUGGAGCAUCGGAGGGGAUAAGACUCUUGACACUGUCACAACACUACCAAACAUCUUGAAGAAGUUCAACCCCUCUCUAAAGGGCUUCUCUAAAGGUCAGGGGUCAAGAUAUAAGGGCUUCAACAUGGCUGCACCUGGAGCUAAGACCUCAGCGAUCCCAGGACAAGUGCAAGCUCUCAUCAAGGCCAUGAGAGAAAAUAAGGGGGUGAAUUUUGAAAAGGACUGGAAACUUGUGACAAUAUUUGUAGGGGGAAAUGAUCUUUGCCAUUAUUGCAUAGACCAAAAUAAUCUGUCACCCAAGAAUUACAGUCACAAUCUUAUGCUCAGCUUGGACAUGCUUUACAAAGAGGUACCGAGGCUGUUGGUCAAUGUUGUGGAGAUCAUGCAGAUCUACCCAUUGAAAACAGUUAAGAAGAACACACUGGGCUGUACUCUACUGCAGAGGACCAGCUGCCCCUGUGUGAUCAACCCAUCUGAAAACUCCCCAGAACUUGAAGAAAUAAAACGGGUCAAUCUCGAGUACCAGGCUGAGCUCCAGCAUCUUAUUUCUGGAGAUCGUUAUGACGGAAAAGGAGAUUUUGCUGUUGUCCUUCAACCAUUUCUACACAAUUCCUUUAUCCCUAAUAUUGGAAAGGGCGAGGCUGACACGAGUUUCUUCUCUCUCGACUGUCUCCACAUCAGUGAGCGAUCACACGCUGAGAUGGCCAUUGCCCUCUGGAAUAACAUGUUGGAGCCUGUAGGCAAGAAACAGGCCUACAACAACUUCACAUAUGAUCGCUCCAAGAUUCACUGUCCCUCUGAGGCCAGUCCCUUCAUCUUCACUAAGAUAAACAGCCUCCAAACUCCACCAGGAACCACCACCCCCACCACAAGCUCCAGUCCUACAACAACCAUCCCUGUGCCCAAGUGUCCCUCCUCCAUACCUAUAUGGGUGCCAGUGGUUGUGGGAAUUGUCAGUUUACUGGCUGGCAUUACUGUCGCCUGGCUACUUCUCUCCUGCAGUAAAUGUUGGAAAAAAAGUGGAGAAGAAACAGAUAGAGGAGAAAAUAUGAGGGGAACUAAUUUUUAA